AUGUCUGCCGCUGAAGUGGCUGAAAGCGUCGUCCAGAUGGACUCAAAAUCAAAUCAAGAACUUCAUGGCAAAGCGCCACCUCGCAAACGAAGGCGGAUUGUCAUCAGCUGCACCGAAUGUCAUCGGAGGAAACAGAAGUGCGAUCGGAAGAUGCCAUGUACGAAUUGCGUAUCGCGGAACAAGGCAACUGUCUGUCGGUACGAGACCGGGACACCAAAUACAAAGUCCGAUCGAAAAGGACUGUCUCAAAAUGGCCACGACCGCCCAUCCGAUCCGCUCGAGAGUAUAUCGGUACCCGUCAAGACCGCAGACUUCGGUUACUCCUCUAAUAGCGUAUCGACCCUUGGGAUAUUGCGCAAGAUCGAAAGUAAUGGGGAGCCACUAGCAGGAAUGCCAUCUGAGAGAUUUGAAGGUGAUAAUUAUGGCAUGCGCGAACGAUAUAAGACGUUGAUUCGCCUACUACCGGCCAGGACCUACGUCGAAAAGUUGGCGGCCAUCUACUUCAGAGAUAUCAAUUGGCAGUACUUUAGUAUUGAUGAACCCGUCUUUCACCAGUUGAUAGAGAGAUGGUAUAGUGUACCGUUCAACGUCUUAUCAACGGCAGGUCUGCAAGCUUUGGAUCCAAUCCUAAGAGCCUUUCCGGCUCUCGUAUUCCAAAUGCUAGCCUCAUCUCUCCUAUACCUUCCCGAGGGUAUGGAAGAAACAUUUGAGGCGUUAAAAUAUACCAGCAACAUGACGUUCGACGAUUUAGCAUUUGACUAUAGUGAGUCGGGUAUAUCUAUCUUAGCACUCUUAGGCAAGCGUCAAAUGUCUAUCAUGACGGUAUUAGCCGGCUGGGUAAGGGCCGCUUUCCUCAAGUAUACCGGCAUGGUCACUGAAGCUUGGCAUCAAGUGGGGACCAGUAUUCGAGAUGCGCAAGAAAUUGGCCUGCAUCGGGAUCAGAUGGAUCCUCAACCAAAGCCAGAUGAUACCACGGAAGAGGCUUUGGAAAAGAUGUGGGAUGCACAAAGUCGCCGGAGGGUCUGGAUGACUUUACUCGGCUGGGAUUUACAUACUGGUGCCGUACUUGGUAGACCUACCAGCGUGGAUUACCGCCUUAUGAAUCGGAGUCUUCCUAUCGACUCGAUUAUUCCCAAGGAUACGAGAAAGUCACCUAUAAUACUGCGUGGUGAGAAUGAUCCGCCUACGCCUUUGACGCGAGCGAUAUGGUCAUGGGAGGUCAUGCGGCCAUUACGGGAUAUUCUAGACCUAGAGAAGGAAGGGCCAUUUCCAAAGGAUUUUUCCAGGGUCGAAAAGAUCCACCGAGAGUUGCUAGAGCUUUAUACCCGUACCCCACCACCCUUCCGCAUGGAGAAUCCGGAUACGCGAUUCGACAGCCUUCCAGAGUGCUGGUGGUUACCAUUCGUUCGGCCGACUUUACCCCAGCUCAUAUCUUUCAACAUUAUGGCGCUACAUCGUCCAUAUGUUUUUACACGGCCAACUAGCCGUUACGAGGCUCUUAAGGCAAGUCUAGACAUGCUGGAAGCACAGAAGAUUUACUUUGCUCUUCUGAAGCCGCAGCAACACAAGACUUUCACACUCUUUUUUGGUACAUUCGAUGCCAUUAUCAUGAUAGCGUCCAUUUAUAUUUUAUUUCCGAAGGAGCACCAGGCGAUGUUGCCGGGGGCGCGGCAACAUUUUGAAUGGGCAAUCGAACGCUUCGAGAAGAUGGCUACUCGAAAUCGACUUGCCCAGGCCGCCUUGAGUGUAUUGCGUGCUAUAUACAUCCGCUUCAAGAAGGCUGUAGGCUUUGGCCUGUCGGUUAAGACCACUAGCGAAUCGGGCGGCAGCUCUACGAGCAGCGGGACCUCCAGUAGCUCUUCCGACAUGCAUACACCUAACUCUCUAUCAGAGCCCUCGUCUCAAAACCCGAGUAGUGCGUCGAAUGUCAGCGUCUCUGCAGCACUGCCGCCGGCAGGGGAGCGAGACGGCAGUAUCAGCUCCGGUACUGGCUUAACGCCCCCCUCCGGGACGUCCGACAAUAUAUUCGCAAGCGGGGAUUGGACGUUACCAACUAAUUUUGACUUUAGUGCGAUCAUGCCCAUGUACCCCAUGGGAGACAUCGCAUAUAAUGACUUGCAAGCCGUGCGGGGUGGCGAUGGGCCGCCGACGACCUGGCCGGAAAGUUUCCCAGGGACGACAAGCAGUAGUAACAUCGCACCUAGCCUAGCGGAAGGGCCCACGGGAGAGGAGCAAACAGCAUGGCAAUUCGGUGGUGAAUUUGGUAACGACACGUUAUGGAAUAUACUAAACCAAUUUCCUACUUACUGA